GCUGACAAACUUCAAUGUCACGAAUUCAAUAGCGAUUCUACUAUCAUUCUAAAUAGACGUAUCAACAGCACUAUGCCGAGUUUCAAAGAUAAAGUCAUCAUUGUGACAGGUGCCAGCUCUGGCAUUGGAGCAGCAACUGCUGUACAUCUCUCUAGCCUUGGUGGGCAGCUUGUGAUUGUGGGGCGCAAUGUGGCAAAGUUGAAGGAAACUGCUGACAAUAUUCUAGCAGCUGGCGGAUCAGCUGCUCUGCAACUAGAAGCGGACAUGAACAAGGAGUCAGAUGUGGAGCAGAUAGUUGCAGCUACGAUCAAACAAUUUGGAAAACUUGAUGUACUUGUCAACAAUGCGGGCAUCAUCGAGCUGGGCAGCAUAGAGAACACUUCAGUGGAGCAGUACGAUCGCCUGAUGAACACCAAUGUAAGAGCUGUCUACCAAUUGAGCAUAUUAGCCACCCCAGAGCUGAUCAAGACCAAGGGCAACAUUGUGAACAUUUCCAGCGUGAAUGGCAUUCGAUCCUUCCCUGGUGUACUAGCUUAUAAUAUCUCCAAGGCGGCUAUUGAUCAGUUUACACGGUGCGCAGCUCUUGAAUUGGCGCCCAAAGGAGUGCGCGUUAAUGCCGUCAAUCCUGGCGUGAUUAUUACGGAAUUGCAAAAACGGGGCGGACUCAACGACGAAGCCUACGCCAAAUUUGUUGAGCGUGCUAAGGAGACACACGCCUUGGGGCGACCAGGAGAAGCGCGGGAGGUGGCAGCUGCCAUUGCCUUUCUUGCUAGUGAUGAAGCCAGUUUCUCGACGGGCAUAAGUUUGCCUGUGGAUGGCGGUCGUCAUGCUAUGUGCCCUCGCUGA